AUGCUCUCUCGCGUGUGCAACUCGUGCGUGCGGUCUGCACGCCAGCUUGUGCGCCCUGCGGCGCUCCCAGCAGCUCGCCCUGCGCCCCGAGCCUUCUCCGCCGCCGCUCCUGUCUUCAAGAAGGCCAGCAAGCAGGUCCAGGAGGAGUUCGACGACGAGUUUGUCGAGGAGGAGUUCGACGACUUCGAGGAGGACCUCGCCUCCUCCCCCGCGGCCUCCUCGCCCACCGGCCAGACCAAGGACCGCAGCACACUAUACGCGCAGGCCGUCGGCAACGUCCAGCAGGCGCUCCGCCGCGCCAAGAAGCACGACGGCCGGUCUUUCCUCCCGUCGACCUCGCUCGUCGACCACCUCGUGCGCGCCGCCGAGCCGUCGCAGCUCCCCGAGGUCCUGUCGCUCGUCGCCAAGUGGCGCGCCGCGAGCCUUCCCGCCCUCCCCGACUCGAUCUCUGCCCUCGUCGUCAAGCGCCUCGUCAAGCUCGACGCCGACGAGGGCCAGGCCGCCGUCGAGGUCCUCUUGAACCGCGACCAAUUCGGCCUCGACGUCCCCACCGACCUCGCGGCGCUGUACCCGGUCUUUGCCAAGAUCAGCCGCCCGCAGGCUGCCGCCGCCGCCGCAGAGGGCGCCGAGGCGUCCGACGCCGCCGCACCCGUCGCCGUCGCCGCGUCGGGCGCGUACCGGUUCCUGUCGAGCAGCCCGGCCGACGUCGCGUUCGCGCUGCACGGCCUCGCGAGGCAGAACUUGCCGGCCUCGGCGCCGAACGACGCGCUCGUCGGCCUGUCGACGCUCGCCGCCGCGCUGCGGUCGGGCGAGCGGUCGUCGGCGCGGGUCGACGAGCUCGUCAAGCGGGUCGUUGCCGUCGGCGAGGACGAGCUCGUGCGACAGGCGCGGGGCAUGUCGAGGCGGUGGAGGGACAUUGUGCGCAUGCGGGCGCGCGUCGUCGCCGAGGCGAUGCGCGAGGAGGGACACGGCGAGGUCGAGUGGUUCGCGCACCUCGCAGAGAGCUUGCACGCCGUGGCCAAGUAGACGUCCCUUGUCAUUGCAGGACUGUGUAUCUUUCG